CAAAAACCCUUCAUUUGUUAUUAUACAGCUUGAAAGAGCGUCUCAUCCAACUCAAAAUUUGUUCUAUUACUUCAUUUCCCGCCUCUUUUGUUCGUCUAAUCUCGAUCCCCAGGCAUGGAACCCAACAGGGUUUUGCUGGAUUUUCAAAAUCCGAUCCAAGAUGCCAUCUCCACAAUCCAAUUCGCUCCCCGUUCGAACAAUCUCCUUAUUUCUUCCUGGGAUUCUAGUCUUCGUUUGUACGAUGUGGAUAAUUCUGCACUCAGACUUGAAGCUCCCUCCGAAGCUGCACUGCUUGACUGCUGCUUCCAGGACGAGUCACUGGCUUUGAGCGCUGGUUCUGAUGGCUUAAUAAGAAGGUAUGACUUGCAAUCAGGAAUUUCUGAAACCAUUGGAAAACAUGAUGAUAUUGCAACCAAUAUCAGAUAUUCGGAUCAAACAUGCCAAAUAGUAACAGCGGGUUUGGAUGGAAAGAUACUGUUGUGGGACACGCGUAGAGAAAAAUGUGUGUCAUUUGUGAGAAACAGGGGUUCAGAUGUGGUGUCCAUGUCUAUCUCUGGAUUUAAUUUAAUUGUGGCUUCUGGAAUAUGUGUAUAUUCACUGGACUUACGUAACAUACAAAAACCAGUUCAACUCACAGAUUCUUGUAUGAAAGUUCCAGUAGCUUGUGUAAGCUCUGUUCCUUAUACUGAAGGAUUUGCGAUUGGCUCAGUAGAUGGACGUGUAGCUUUGGAGAUUGCUUGUCUGGACCAAGCAGAUGACAUCAGAUAUAUUUUCUGGUGUCACCCAAAGUCAAAGGGUAGAAGAAAGCAUUUGGAGUCGGUGAAUGAUAUUGUGUUUAAUCCAAUACAUCAUGGUGCCUUUGCAACGGGAGACAAUGCCGGCUUUGUCAGCGUAUGGGAUUUCCAAAGCAAGAGAAGAAUACUCGAGUUGCCUAGAUUUCCAAAUAGCGUGGCAUCGUUGUCGUACAACUGCGGAGGUCAACUUUUGGCUGUUGCUUCAAGUUGUACGUAUCAAGAAGCUAAAGAAAGAGAAGAUGCUCCUCAAGUGUUCAUACAUGUAAUGGAGGAGUUCAAUCCCAAAUCUUUCUCUGCCUCUUCCACUGGAUAGCUUCACCUUUCCUACCAUGCCUUGCUUCCCACUAAAGGUGAUCACAAGUUAUCGAUUGAGGUGGAGGAUUGCUUGGGAGCUGUACUAUCACAUAGAGGUGUCGGCUCGGGGCGUCAAUUUAAUUUGUAUUUUAUGGGUUGUCAUUUGUAACAUUUUGUAUCCCGCUCACAUUCACUAUUUGUAAAUAACUUAAACAAUACCUAUUUUGAAUUAUUUUUGUAUUGAAUUUUAGAUUUUGACUA